AUGCCGCUCGCGUAUGCGCUCGUCGCGCGCGCCAGCGACGGCGCCGUGCUCGCGCAGCACUCGUUCGUCGCCGGCAACUUCGAGUCCGUCGCCAUGGAGUGCCUGCAGCGAAUGCAGCACGGCUACGACGACAAGUUCACCGUAAACUGCGACGGUUACACGUUCAACUACCUGCUGCACGCCGGUUACGUGUUCGCGGUCGCCGCUGACGAGGCGUACGGGCGGCAGGUGCCCUUCGCGUGCGCUCAGCGGGUCUGUGACGCCUGGAUGGAGAAGUUUGCGUCAAAGGGACGCAGCGCGGGGCCGUACGGCAUGGACAAAAACUUCAGGCGCAGCCGCGUGCGCCGCGCGGCCGGGGCUGCGGUCGGGCGCUGGGCAGUGCUGCCUGGCCGCGGCCCCGGGGUUGGGCGGCCGGCUGCGCGGUCAAGCGGUGCCCCCGUGCUCAAGCGGGAGAUGGAGUUUUGCCAGUCCCACCCGUCAGAGAUGGGCCGCGUGGCGGCGGUGCAGCAGAAGGUCGACGCGGUCAAGGGCGUCAUG